AGAGAGAGAGAGAGAGAGAGAGAGAGAGAGAGAGAGAGAGAGAGAGAGAGAGAGAGAGAGAGAGAGAGAGAGAGAGAGGAUGAAGGAAGGAAAGAAGGCUAGAUAAAAAGACGAAGAAAAGAAAGACUAGAAAAAACAACAAGAAAAACAAUAAGAAUAACAAGAAGAGCGCAUCCUAAACUAGAAAAAUGUAGCAAAGGAAAAAAAAAAGGAAAAGAAAGAGAGGAAGAGCGAUAGAGACAAAAAAAAAAUAAAGUGAGAGAGAGAAAAGAAAAAAAAAACAAUUACUAAUCUUCCUCCUCUUUUAUACUCCUCCUCUUAACAAUGUACAGAGCGAACCUUUCCCUCCUCCUCCUCCACCUCCUCCUGCUCACCACCACCACCGUCAUCACCACCACCACCACCACCACCAUCCCAGGGGACACCCAAAGACUCGGAAACCAUAAUGGGACUUCACCCCUUGCACCAGAUGACCACCAGGAUCUUCAGCGCGACCACUACCACCAGCACAACCCUCAGGAGAACGAGGUGCUGACGGAGGGCGCUGAAGGAGGGAAAAGAGAAGGAGAGGAGAAUAGAGACGCGAAGAACGAAAACACGGAAAGGACGGGGGACUGAAUCAAGGACAGGAGGAAUUAAACAAUGGACAAGGACAGAGACUAAGAGACUGCCAAGGACUGAAGGCGGAGGACAGGAACAUCACACUGCCAACUGACCUCUUCAUUUCACCGGCUAUGAGGAGACACUACGAGAUCUGGAUGCAGAGGAUAAUGCAGAGUGACUGUAUGAGCACCAGAACCAAUGGGGGGACAGAAGCAAGGCCAGAAAGGAACAACUGGCGGACAGAACGGUGGGGGCGGACCAGGGGCAGGAACAAGGGCAGAGUAGAACAAGUGGAAGAGAAGGACGAAUGCAAGAGGAAGUGGAGGUUGAGGAAGAGAUGGAAAGUAUAGAUGAAGACGAGGAGGGGAAUGAGAUAGAGGAUGAAGAGGGAAUGGAAGGAGAGGAUAAUGAUGAAACUGAGGAUGAAGAGGAAAACGAAGAGGAGAAGGAGGAUGUAAAUGAGGUAGAUAGUGAAGAGGAUAACGAAGAAGAGGAGGAGGAGGAGGAGGAGGAGGAGGAAGAGGAGGAGGAGGAGGAGGAAGUGGAUGGUGAAGAGGAAAACGAAGAGGAAGAUGAUGAUGACAACGAAAGGGAAGAGAAGAAUGAAGUGGAGAGUAAACGAAAAAGAAUAGGGAGAAGUAAACAAGACAGGGGGAAGAAGGACAAUGAGAAGGAGAGUAAGGAGAGUGAUAAAGGACAGGGGGAAAGGUCAACGAAGAGGAAGAGGUCAAGGGCAAUAGGGAAGAUUAUUCACCGCGGGAUGAACAAAAUGAAGAAAACAGGUGUGCCCAAACCAUACUCUGUGGAUAACUCUUGCAAAUGCGGCUACCACAACACCCGCGCCGCCAGGAUUGUGAUGGGGGAAGAAGCUGAUGCGCACUCCUACCCCUGGAUGGUGUCGCUGCAGCAGGUCAGAGGGCGCACACACAUCUGCGGCUGUAGCAUCAUAACACCUCACUAUGUUCUGACGGCCGCUCACUGCACGGAGGGGCUGUUCCCCUUCGAACUGAUGGUGCGGGUAGGGGAUCACAACCUGGCGACGAGGGACACGUCCAGGGAGAGAACCAUCAAGGUGACACGCAUCAUUGAGCAUCCCAGAUACGACGUGGAGACAACCAACAACGACAUUGCACUCCUGAAGCUGGCGGAGACCCUGGUGUACACGUGGCGAGUGAGCCCCAUCUGCCUCACGCCGCCCGACCUCACCUUCUUCAGGGAGAAAGUGAAGGUGAUGGGGUGGGGGCGGCGUUUCGAGGAGGACAAGGAGAGGGCCACGAUUUUACGUCACGCGGAUCUUCAAGUCCUGCCCAUGAACAAGUGUCGCCACAACUUCCUGCUGGAUUCUGAGGAGGUGACCGGGAAGAUGCUGUGUGCGCACGGCGGGUCUCGGGACACCUGCCAGGGUGACUCUGGCGGGCCGCUGGUGUGGUAUGACGCCACCAAUGACCGCUACUUCAUAGUGGGCGUCACCAGCUGGGGCGUGGGCUGCGGCCUGAGCGAAUACCCUGGAGUGUAUACGAAGGUGUCUAAAUUCCUGCCUUGGAUCUACGAGGAGACAAAAGAGUCACCUUACUGCGCCAGCUACGUCCCUAAGCCUGACACCAAAAAGAUCAGAUUGCACAAGAAGACCAAGGGAAGACAGAAGAGCGGCGUCAUCACCAGGAUGGUCAGAGAGAACGGGAUGUGGAUACGCAAACAGGAGAUGAGGAAGAAUGACGAGGUGGGAAGACAGGGUAAAGAGUUAACGGAUAAAGAGAAGAAUAAGGCGAAAGAUGGGAAAAGGAAGAACUCGAAGAAAAGGAAUAAGAGGAGGAAAAAGAAGACGAAGGUGAAUCGGUUAGAGAAAAAGAAUGGGAGGAAGAGAUCAGGAAAGAAAACGAAGAAAGGGCUGAAGGUUGGAGGAAAGAAGAAGCGGAGGAAGACUGGAGGAAAAGGGAAAGUGAUGAAGAAGAAAGGAGAAGAUAAGGAAGGGAAGAAGACAAGGAAGGCGAUAAAAGGAAGAAAGAGAAGGAAAGGAAGGAGGGGGAAGAGACGAAAUGGACUCACGAAAAAGCGAUAUAAUAAGAAACAAAAAAAGAAAGCGGAAGAGGAGCAGCAUGAAGAUAAGAAAGAAGGAGAGGGCAAGACAGAAUGAGACGAAGUACAAGAUGCAGAGAAAGGAAGGAAAAAAAAAACCUAACAG